AUAAAUCUUUGUUAGAAUGAAUAACACUAUGUCUGAUUUGAACAAGAAGUUUGAUGAUAUACCUAUUACCCAGAGCACAGAGAUUGAAGGUGAAGGCGAAGGAGAUGAUACCUUGAAUCAAGAAACAAAAGAAAAUUCCAAUGAAGAAUUAAAGCAAGAAAAAGAAAAACAAGAGGAAUUAAAUAAAGAUGGAUCCCAGUCUGAUAAAGAAAGUAAAGAGGGAUCUGAAAAAGAGGAUGAAGCAGAAGGUGAAGGAGAAAAUAAAGAACAGGAUAAGCAAAUUGAUCAAACAGAGGGUGAAGGAAAGGAUGAACAAGAUGAGCAUCAGGAAAAUCAAGACGACGAAGAAGUCAAGAAAGUUGAGAAUGAAGAAGUUAAAGAAGAAGCCAAAGCUGAUCAACAAAACGACCAACAACAAGUCCAAGAAGCUCAGCCCACUCAAAGUGAUGCGGACGAACACCAAGAAGCUCCAGAUGGCCUCGAAAGCGAAAGUGUCCCUCAUCAGACUCCAGAUGCAAACAGUGACAAUGGCGAAAACACUGAUCCUCAAGAAGACAGCAAGCAAGCCGACCAGCAAGAAGACGAGCAGCCUCAGCAAAAUGUGCAAGCAGAAGACUCUGAACAAGAUCUCGAGCAGGAUGGAGAGCCCGAAGACGCCAAAAAAGCCGAAGGUGCUGAUGACGAAGAAGCUGAGGGUGAUGACCAUGACGAACAAGCUGAUGGUGCAGAAGGCCUCGGAGAGCAGACUCUGCCUGAAGAUGACCAGCUGCAACAGACCGAGCCGGCCGAAGAGCAGACUGAAGAAGCAGAAGAGCACAAGGGCGAAGAUUCCGAAGAGCACAAGCAAGAGGCUCAAGAGCUUGAAGAAUCUGCAGAAGCAGUGCAAGCUGAUGAGGGGCAAGACCAGAAUCUCGCUUCGGAGGCUCCUCAGCCAGAUGCUGCUGAAGACAAAGAAGAUGAGCAGGAGCCAGAAGCAGAGGCAGACGUUGAGGCCGAGGACAACCAUGAAGAAGAGAAGGAAGAGGGCUCGCCUGAGGCAGAGGAAUCAGAUAAGCGUGAAGACGAAGAACCAGACGCUGAUCAAGAGUCUGCACAAGAAGAUGAAACAAAUGACGAAAAUUUAGAAAAAUCUGACGAUGAGAGUAAAGAAAAAGAAGAUAAUAAAGAAACUGAAUUAGCCACAGAGCCUCAAGAAACUACUGAAUCAAAAGAAAUUGAUAACGCAAAUGAUGAUAAAGUAGGUGAGGAAGAUAAAAAUGAACAAGCAAAAGAAGAUGAAGAAGUUGCAGAAAGCCAAGAAGAAAUAGCAAAAGAAAAUGAAAAUACUGAUCAAGAUGUUCAACCAGAAGAUGGAGAGCAAAACAAUGAAGGAGAAGAAUUAGAAAAAGCUGAAGAAAUAGAGGAGCCAGAGCAUAAAGAAGAAGGAGAGGAUUCACAACAAAAAGAUAAUAAUGAGACUCUUCAAGAUAAAGAUAAGCAAAAUAUUGAUCACCAAGAAAAUACUGAAGAAAAUAAAGAGCAAGAAGAUAAAAAGGAGCAGGAUAAUACUGAACAACGAGAAGAGGAAGUAGAAAAUAAAGAUGAUACUCCAGAAGAUAUUGAAAAAGUUGAGGGUCAAGAAGAGGGAGAAAACACACAAGAAAAUAACCAAGAAAUAGAAGUCGCAAAAGUUGAAGAUGAAAUCCAGCAUUUUGAGCAGCAAAAUGACAAAGUUGAAGAUUCUGAGGAGAUUAAAGCUGAGGGCACUCAACUUACACAUGAAGAAAAUAAAGCAAAUGAGGAACCAGAAGAAGCAAAGGAAGAGAGACAAAUUGAAGCAGAAUCAGUAGAGCUUACAAACCAGCAUAAAAUUGAAGAAGUAGUUACAGAAACACAAAAUGUUCAGAAUGUGGGACAGACUGAUAAAGUAGAUGAAAAUACUCCUCAUGAGUCAAACGAAUUAAAUCAAGAUAAAUCCGAUGAAGUCGAAGAAGUAAAUGAUGUAGAAAGAGAAGAAGUUGAAGUUCAUCAGCAAACUAUUGAGGACGAUAAAGAAAUAGAUAAUAAAAAUGAUGCAAAAGAAGAUCAACAAUUUGAGGAAGAAGAGGGUAAAGAAAAUGAGGAAGACAAUCAAAAUGAGAUUCAGAAUACAGAAAAUGCACUCCAAACAAAUAAUCAAGACAAUGAAGAGCAAAAAGAAAAGGUUGAAGAUAAAUCUUCAGAAAAUACUGCAACUACAAUUUUUGCUGCAACCGAUGUCGUAGAGGAUGAGCAUAAAGAAAAUCUUGAUAAAGAUAUUAAAACAAAUGAGUCAGAAACUAUAGAAAAUACACAACCAAAAGCUACAUCAAAUGAAGAACAAGAAGUAGAAACCCAAGAAGUUGAAGCUCAAGAAAUCGCACAUUCUGAACCUCAAUCAAACAUUGAGUCUGAGCAGGAAAAACAAAAGAUAGACACCCAAAAUUUAGUUUCUCAAAAUAUUGGAGUACAGCAACAAAUAGAAGUUGUGGAUGGAGUUAAUGCUCAAGUAAAUAAUGAUGAGCAAGUAGUGAACGAUAAUAUAUCUAAUCCCCAUAAUUCAGCAAACCAUUCUUCAAGUUCUGCGAAAGAGAAAAAUGAGGUAAAUCAAGAAACAGAUGAGAACAAGAAUAAGCAACAGACUGCAGAAUCGAAAGAAAUGAAACAUAUAGAAAUUCCAGAAAAGAAAAUUGUAAACAAGAAAGCUGCAGGCUUAGUUGAAUUAAAUAUUUUGGAAGAGGUCAAGGAUAACCCAAAGCCAGCAAAAGAAAUUCAGCCUGUUAAGAAUACUACAAUCGAUCCAAAAAGUACUCCCGAUACUGAAAAUUUUGAAAAUGCAACUAAAAAAGCUGGAGCUCUCAAAAAGAAAAAGGUUGUUGAUAACGAUAAAAAUGCGACUCAAAGGGAGGCUAAUUUACCUGAAAAUAGGCAAUGCUGUACUAUUUUCUAAGAGUUUUAAAGAGCUAAUCCUCAUGAUUUUUGAUU